AUGAACAAAAUCGUUUCUUCAUCGACACUCACUGCCACUAACCAAAUUGUUCAAUCUGGUGUUGUUGCUUCUAGAUUGUUCAAAUCUACUAGAUUUUUACGUCAAGCAGCUGCUUCUUCUACAACUAGUUCUGAUUUGCCAGUUUUUACUAAAGGUGUCUUGUUAGUUGGUAGACCAGGUGCCGGAAAGGGUACUUAUGCAUCAAGAGCUGCUGAAAAGCUUGGUAUUCCUCAUAUUGCUGCUGGUGAUAUUAUCAGAGAAGAAAUCAAGGCUGGUAGUGAAUUUGGUAAGAAGGUCAAGGAAUAUACAUCAAAGGGUGAAUUGGUUCCUGAUGAAUUAGUUAUGGAAUUGUUGGUUGAUAGAAUUUCAAAGAUUCGUCAAGCCAAUGCCGGAAGAGGUUUCUUCUUGGAUGGUUUCCCUCGUACUCUCAAUCAAGCUGUUGCUCUUGAUGCCAUCAGUGACAAGAUCAAACUUGAUCUCGUUAUUAACUUGCAUCAAGAUGAAGAUAUUAUCAUUGCCAAGACUGUUAAUAGAAGAAUUUGUUCUAAGUGUGGUACUGGAUACAAUUAUGCUCACAUCAAGAGAGAUGGUCUCGAUAUGCCACCACUCGUUCCAAAGGUUGAAGGUGUCUGUGAUACAUGUGGUGCUAAGGACUCUUUGAUUCAAAGAGAUGACGAUAAGGAAGAAGUUAUUGUCAAGAGAUUGGCUGAAUAUGAAAAAUUAACUUCACCAUUGUUGUCUUUCUAUGAAAAGAAGGGUUUGUUGAAGAAUUUCAUUGUUAAUGGUGGUGCUAAGGCCUUGUUACCAUCUUUCCUCAAGCUUUUGCAAGAUUAAUUUUGUACACUCGGAAUUUGUAAAAUAUAAUUUUUGUAUUAAU